ACAUGCCUAGUACAUCCUCGCUGUGAUAUCACUGUGGCGCCCUUGAGAGAGGACACAGAAAGGAAAGACAAGACAUCAACAGCGAGAGAAGGGUCGAAGGGAAGAAGCAAAAAAGAAAAAAAGAAACGCGCCCUCCACCACUACUAUCCAUCCUCUCGUCAUCCUCUCUCAUACCUUCUAUCCUUCCAUCAUCUCCUCCAUCAUCCCAUUCGCCCUCGUCCUCCCCACCCUUUUCUUCCUCCUCCCCCUCCGCCCAUCGUGAACACACAGUUCCCCCUCGAGAUGUAUACAACCUCCGCGCCCGCCCAGGUUAACGGCGGCAGCGGCAUGGGCAACAACCGCGUCGACUCCGGGACUAUCAACCCCGCGGAUCUCAACUCUCCUAUCUCCCUUCCAUCUACUGUGCUUGCUACAGAUCUCACCGCGGACGCGACUGGCUCCCGCGGCAUCAAGCGCAGCCGUUCAGAAGACCAGUAUGGCGAACAGCUCGCCGACCCAGAUGUCGAAGAUGCAGAGAAGAGCAGAACAGAAACCACCCGCCCGCCGAGCACCUCCACCACCAUUACCGCCAGCCAUAACAACAUCAGCACAAACGCCAACAUCAGCAGCAACAACACCAGUAUCAGCAACAACACGCCCAUUGUUGCUACGACGAUAACGCCAACUGCAGCGGCCAUGGCGUCCUCGCAGUCUCCCCUACAGACGCCCAGGAUAGCCCCAGAUAUCGCCCUUCAGUCGUCUCCGCCCAAGGCUACGCCGACAAAGUCCGUUCUCAAAGCCCUGCCCACAGUCAGAGACCACACGACCGACCAGCUAGGGGAAGAUGGCGAUGAGUAUAUUCCCAAGGAGUUUGACGCCAACGGCGAGAAGAAAGUCGACGGGCUAGGUUAUCUGCAGGAUACCCGCACCUACAAGUGUCGCACCUUUCGCCUCGCAAAUCGCGGCAACAAGCUCUUCAUGCUGGCUACGGAGUGUGCGCGCGUGCUAGGCUACCGCGAUUCUUACCUCCUCUUCAACAAGAAUAGAUCCCUAUUCAAAAUCAUCGCCAACCAGGCUGAAAAGGACGAUUUGAUCGCGCAGGACAUCCUGCCGUACUCGUACCGCUCGCGCCAGAUUGCCAUAGUUACCGCUCGUUCCAUGUUCCGCCAGUUCGGCAGUAGAGUCAUAGUUAACGGUCGACGCGUGCGCGAUGAUUACUGGGAAAGCAAGGCUAUCAAACAAGGAUUUACAGAAGAAGACAUGGCUGGCGAGAAGCGUCCUGGAGCAGGAAAGGCACGCGAAGCGGCCGCCGCCGAAGCUGCCGCUUCGAUGAAUGCCAUACCCUCUUUGGGUCAUAACGAUGUUAUCUACACCAACACCUCGACCGAUGCACACGGCCUGCCAUCGACGCUAUCCCAUCCCGCCUCACUUGCUCCCCUACCUAUGAUCAACCCCGCCCCGUCCGACGAUCCGCGUCUUCGCGAAUACAGCAGUCUUCCACGCCCUAGGCAAGACCUAGGUGGUCAACCCUACCAGGACCGCUCCGUCCCUAGUGCUGCCGCCGAUAUUGUUAACCAGGCGUCGCAUACGGCAGAGUUUAGCAAGAUACUUAACCAGCAGCGCAGUUUCCGCGCAAAGGGCCUGGAAGACCACUGGAAUAGACCGCGCGAGAUCCCAAUAUCAGAUGCGAAUGUCCAACCUCUUCCGUCAUCCACUGCUGGCAGCCAACUUAGCAACACGAAUUUGCAAUCCCCCCAACUCAGCUCCUCCGGCAUGAUGUCUUCCCUACAGCCACAACCAAUGCUGCAACAGCCACAGACCGUCAUGACACCUCAUACAUCAUACUCACCUGCUCUUCACCAUCAGCAGCAGCAGCCCCAGCACCACCAGCAACCCCAGCACCAGCAACCGUCCAUGUCACCUCCUCUUCGCACCAUGCAGCAGCAGCAAGGACAUCACCGCUCUCCAAACAAUCCCAUGUCGCUUCCCCUCUCCUCCACUCCUGUCUCUCUCCCAGUCUCAUCUCAGUCGUCGCUAUAUACAUACCCGCAGCAGCAGUUCUGGGGAGCACCGCCGCAGCAACCACUCCCACAUCAGCAACAGCAGCAGCACCAUCCGUCUCAACAAUCACCGUCACACACACAACAUCAACCUCAACACCAUCAAUCGCUCGGAAUGCAGCAUCCACAGUAUGCAUCUCCCCUGCAUAACCAACACCACCCACAUCACCCCUCACAAUCGCCAGGCCAACGGCAGCUUGCCUCUCCACAACUGCAGCCGCAACCGCAACCCCAUCCACAGCAGCCAGGAAUGAAUUCUAUGGCCUAUCCGGGUGUUGUCAAUGCCGCGUAUUCCAUGGCAGGACCAGGUGCGGCCGCUGGGGCAAGAAUGUACACUUCCCCAGGCAUGAUACAACAACCUUUCGGGAUGGGCGUUGGAGGUGUCAGUGCCGGUGGUGCUGGCAUGAUGCCAGCUGUAUCCGCAGGCACUGGCGCUAGUCUACCUUGGUCACCAACAGGACCACAAGGACAAGGCCAGGCAGGCCCGCAGGGAGCACACGGUUCAUGGCCCGGGACUUACUAG